CCUGUGUGCAUUCUGAUACAGCGGCAGAGACAUCAGUGACAUCAGUGUCUGCUCCAGUGUCAGGCUUCAGGGUUGUUCUCCAGCAACCAGCCACUCUGUGGGAUCAUCAUGGGAAGCUGCACUUCAGGGCUAAAGAAGAAAAGUAAAGGGGAUUUUUCACCAGAUAAUAAAAGCAGAGAUAAUAAGCCUAACGAGGAUGUAACAUACGCCUCCAUUAACCACAGCACCUCCAAAGGAUCGAGAAGAGCCAGAAUUAACACUGACGAUGAUUGUGACUAUGCCAUAGUUAACGUCCCAGCGGCUCCUCAACCCGACCCUGAGUCCGAGUGCUCGUCCAAAGAGGAAUGUGCAGAUGAUUAUGUUCUGAUGGGAUAAAAAGAAACAAGAGGAAAAGUUCAUUUGGGCUACUGCAAGAUGCAGGACUAGUAAAUCAUAUCACAAACAGAAAAAGAUGCCUAAUAUCCCGUAGUCUCAUGACAAAACUUGUUUGCAGUUGAACAGUCAAGUUAACAGCUGAAUCAAGAUCUAAUCUUGAUCAUCACAGCUGAAAGCCGAAAAAGAACAUUCACACUCGACUGCAGCUGGUUGUGGACGUGUCUAUAGAUGUUUCUUUCCAUUUUUGAGGUAACUUAAUCCAGAACACAACUGUGGGGUUCCUACCUCAAAAAACAAACUUGCAUGUGAUGUCUUUGCUUAAGAAACUCACGAGAAGAUGAACUUUUUUUUUUCAAAUGUUCCGUGAUUCCUGAGACACCAUGAAAUUAACAAAAUACCUGGAAGUAGUCAGUCAAAGGAAGCUGGGCCUGGUGUUCGGACUGGAAUAAAAAGGUUUAAUCAGUUCUGAACAUCUCCAAGAACAGCAACAUCUUCAAAACCGCAUAUUCAUCGGCUUCUGAGAUGCUACAGCUACUAUCAACUGAAUGAAUGAAAACUCAGUGUGACUUUCAAAUUCAUCUAAAUGCACGAGUUGUCUUUGUCUUUAAAGUCAGCAUGUGUGGGACUGGUAAUUACCCCAUAUCACCAAAAUAUACAGCACAAAGUUUAAGAAUUUAUACAGUUUGUGUUUUUUUCAUGCCUGGAUUCAUGAAAAAAAGUGGCAUUAGCACAAAAUCACAAUGAAUAUAGUACUUUCAUGCAGCUGAUGUUUACACAAUACAGUGUUCCCAAAAGAUGCAAACCCAGCAGCUUCUGACAAACUGCUGUUAGUUACACAUUGACCUGAAUGUCUGAGAGACAUAAAGCCACUACACGUAGAACUUUUAAAUUAUUUGAUGGCAUCUGGUUUUUCUUCUGAAAAAAAAUCACCAACAUUGAUUAUCAAGCUCAUUUCUUUUUGCUUUCAAAGGGUGUAUGUGCAACAAAAAUGGUAGAACGACGAGAAGAGAGAAGAAACCCAUAAACAGACAGUAGAUACUAAGGAAGCACGGUGACUGUCUGUUGGCUAGCGUCAGUAUAUCUCUAUGAUUUCCUAUUGCAGAUGAAGGUUUUGAUCUUUGUCUAACAGCUUGUUCACAUUGUUGAAACAGAGCCAAAGCUUUGCUCCACCUUUAAGUUUCACAACCGACCCUCAUGCUUGAACUAUCAACCUUUUAUUAACAAUGCCAGUAAACCCAAACCUAAAAUAUUGCACAACUACUUUCACAAUGAAAUGCCAAAAUGUCAAUAGAACUUGUGCCAUUGUCAAAUUUAUGAUAUGAAUUUACACAGCAUGUAAUUCGUAAGAACUACCGGACACUUCCUGAAUAUGCUAGAAACAUAUGUUCAAGGCUAAAGAAUUGACAUGUUUUGUUGUUUUUUUUGUGUGUGUACAUUGAUGCAUCUGACAGAAUUAUUUAUAUGUUUGACUGGAUCUGUAAGAAAGGGUAGAAUAGUGUCAUUUACUGUAAGUUGAUUUAGUUUCAGUGUAGUUUAAUUGAUUUGUUUUAUUGAUUAAAUGUUUACAGCACA